CCCUGCUGUUUGUCUGCCGGCUUCUCUACUUUUGCCCAAGCAAAUUUCCCCUUAGAAGCUACCCUCGCAAGCUGUCAAGGGCUAAACACCGAUCACGAUACAAACAAAUUCCUUGAGACCUGUUUUAAAUACUUCUCCCCGGAUGGACAGGAGAAUGUUUGUGGCUGUCGUACCGAUAACGAACUCUGCCAGCUAGCCGCCAGUAUUGAUACUGGCUUGCCACUCCCUCUUCUGUCUAAGGGUGGGAAGACGCCAGCCAUCACACCAUCCCCCAUGUCGGCUUUUAUGAUUCAGUUGAGAACCUCUUCCUCAAAUUUUCACCAGCAAGUCGCGAUGUCCAAGAAAGCCUUCGGAGAGACUAUUCCAGGUGUGAUGCAUAUCGGUGUGCUAUUACGAAGAUCUAGAGCUCCGGUCACGAAUUUCCCUCUGGCGAACGAAGCGGCAUUUUACAUGCUGUUCAUAUUAUCCCAUCUGCCCUUGGAAAUUUUACAAGUGACAAUGGAAGACAGCAUACCUCUAAGGUCGCCACACACCCUCGAUAUAUCACCUGAAGAUGUGCACCGUGAGAAUAAUAUGAAUAUGAUGGCGAUGAUCACCCCACUUUAUGAAGAGUUUGGCCACUUUCACUUUGUUCUUGAGGCCAUUCCGACCCCUAAUCCCCUAGUCCUUUCCACGCUUCGGAUAUGCUUAUACGUCCUUCUUACCCCGCGUCGGGAUUGUGAUACUGACUAG